ACAGCUGUGACUUUUACACGCAACGAAUGCACUCACUAAUAGUAAUGAACACAACUAGAUCUAAACCUUAGCUCAGAUUUCUGGUGUAUAAUUGAAGUUUGUAUAAAUCAGUGCGGAUCGAGCUGUUGGAAAAAUAGCACAAUGUCUUUUGCUCUACCGAUUCUAUUUUACACUCCGUUUGUGUUUAUUUUUCUGUAUUUGUUAGUGAAUUUCAUCGUGAAGACCCCCCGGCAUGUUUGCAUUGUCGUGUUGGGUGACAUAGGGCGCAGCCCCCGAAUGCUCUACCACGCCCUGAGUUUUGCUCAGGAAGGAUUUAAAGUGUACCUUGUUGGAUAUAAAGGUUCUGUUCCACCCAAAAAGCUGGUGGAAAAUGAGAACAUAGAGUUGCACUAUGUUACAGAGGCUCCUAACUUUUUCAAAUAUUAUCCAAAGAUUUUCCAGUAUUUUCUGAAAGUGAUCUGGCAAUCUCUUGCGUUGUCAUGGACAUUGUUGUUGUUACCCAAGAUGGGAAGCUACUUCCUGCAGAACCCCCCUUCAAUCCCGACCAUGGCCGUGGCCUACGUGGUGUCUCGUGUCCGCUGCAGCGAGCUGGUCAUCGACUGGCACAACUACGGGCACACCAUCCUGGCCAUGGCCUUGAAGUCAGGACACCCAAUGGUUCGAUUCGCAGAGCAAUAUGAGAAGAUUUGUGGUCGUCUGUCAGCCUACAACAUCUGUGUCACAAAAGCGAUGAAAAAAGACCUGCAACAGAACUGGAACAUUAAAGGACGAAGACUUUGGAAUUUUACUGGAAGCUUUGAAAGAUUAUGACUUACGGGAAGCUGUCCCUAAUCUCAUUUGUGUCAUCACUGGCAAAGGGCCACAGAAAGAGUUUUACAGUAAACAGAUCAAGGAGAGACAGUGGGAGAAAGUUCAGUUCUGUCUCCCGUGGCUGGCAGCAGAAGAUUAUCCCCUUCUCUUAGGGUCAGCUGACAUUGGUGUGUGUUUGCACAUGUCUUCCAGUGGCCUUGACCUCCCAAUGAAGGUUGUUGACAUGUUUGGCUGCGGGCUGCCUGUGUGUGCCGUCAAGUUUGAGUGUAUUGAUGAGCUGGUGAAGCAUGACGUCAACGGUCUGAUUUUCCGAGACAGCUCCGAGCUGCUUACCCAGCUGCAGGAUCUUUUGGGAGGGUUCCCUUCAAAUCAGGGCAAGCUGAGUACCUUCCGGAAGAACUUGGAGCUGUUCCAGUCGGUGCGCUGGCACGACCAGUGGAAACAGCUGGUGCUACCCAUCUUUGAAGAGAUCGGGGCGACUCAGAAACCUUCGCAGUUCCGUGUUCAGACCGGAUCAGGGAUUCCUGAGAAUUUUGACGAUAUCGGAAGUGAAGAUGGAGAAAACAGCGGGAACGUUCAUCCUUCUUCAGCCGGAGAAAGUGGGACUGGUGCAGCGCAGGAAGGAAAGAAAGAGAGAUGAAAGACUGGAGAUUAGUCGAUGAGUGAAGCGGUGUUUGCGGAAGGUUGUGUGUAUAUGUUUGUGUGGUCUAAGGAUUUUGAACAAAUCUCUACAAUUACUGUAUAUACUUGCCUAUAACACGAGCUUUUGUGUCUAAUAUGGGAUAAAUUUCUGACAUAUUGAAGGGGGCUCAAAACACAUGAAAUAGAAAACAACAUGUCGUAGGGCAUCAAAUAUAGUGUCUUGCCUUUGAGUUACUGUAUCGAGAUUGAUUUAAUUUGUGAAACUAGAGUGACAUAUAUUCCAAGUAAAGUGCUAUACUGUGUUGUGGGUGGUUGCUCAUUGGAAAAUCCUAUUUAGCAUUACUUCCCCUUUGUUUGACCCAAUACUGGUUGUGUGUCACGCGAAUAAUAAAAUUGGGGGUGGAGGGUAUACUUUUGAACCUCAUUUUUUUUUUUUUUAUUAUUUUUUUGGAGGGGGGGGGGGAUCGCCCGUAUUAUAGGUCAGUACAUACAGUAGUGUUCACAGACGCGAGAAAGGUUGGAGUUAAUAGAUUAUUGCUGGCACGUUUUUUACCUUGCCACUGCUGGCCUCAUACCUUAAGUUUAAGCCCUGUGCCAUGUUGCAGUAUUUGGAGGUCGAUUCAAGAGGGUGGUGACUGUUUCAAUUUGUCUGACAAGUUUUGGGCAAGUCGUUUGAACUGAGUAUUGAUUAUUUAAGUUUGUUUGACAUGUUUUAUGCUUUGUGGAAGUAGUUUGAAGUGGGUAGUGACUGUUUAAAUUGUUUGACAAGCUAUGUGGAGGUUGAUUCAAGUGGGUAGUGACUGUUUAAAUUGUUUGACAAGCUAUGUGGAGGUUGAUUCAAGUGGCUAGUGACUGUUUAAAUUGUUUGACAAGCUAUGUGGAGGUUGAUUCAAGUGGCUAGUGACUGUUUAAAAUUAUUUGACAAGUUUUGUGGAAUGGGUAGGGAAUGUUUAAAUUUGUUUGACAACUUUUGUGGAAGUCGUCUGAAGUGGGAAGUGAUUGUUUAAAUUUUUGUGACAAGUUUUGUUAUUUGCCCUAAGUUCUUCUCUGUCCCGUCCAUGUUGAAAAUGGAGUUUUAAAAAAAGCUGAUUGGGAAAUUCUGUCGCUUUUAUCCAUGGUGUGGGAAAAAAAAAGAGAAAAAUAUGUGAAGAAAGGUCUGCCGAUUCACUUUAAGUUGUAAAUAAAAUGCCAUGACAUGGCUGUGUUCAUUUAUGCAAAAAACAAAAUUCCAUUACUACAUUUCUGAAAAAAAAAUUUUUUUUUUGAAGAGACAUGGAAAUGGAUAAAAAGCAAAACUUCAUUAUUGCUUUCUUGAAGAAGUUAAAAUCAAAACAUUUCUUUUCUUUGCAGUUAUAACAUGUUUAAGUUUUAAGUUUAACUUAGUUUUACAUUGAGGUGCAUCAGCUUUCUAAAUAGAGAUGCUGUUGUUUUGAGUUCUUGUUUUGCUGUUUCAUCAUUUGAGGUAACCGUACUAUGUCUAGACUAUGUUUGACAAUUAUAACAGGAAUAGGAAUUUAUUGAUUAUUUUGCUAAAUGGAAUUGUAUAGGUUCAACGACCCUUGCAACACUGUAAAGUUAUUUAAAAGGUGGAAUCAUUUUGCUUUGAGUAAAAAAGUCAGCUUUUAAAAAAACGAACACAAGAAAGAAAUGCUAUUUUGUAACCCUUCUUUCUCGACAUCAGAUCUUGACGUUGGUUCAGCCAACACCUUUUUUUUCUCACUCGUAUCUUUUUGCCAAGGUUUUUGACUUGGAUCUUUAUUGUAGGCCUAUUUGUUUAUCUCAUAUGUGCACAUAUGUGCUACUACUAGUCACUACUACUAAAGCUCAGCAGGCUUGUUCUAUCAGAGACCGACGUUAGAUUUGGAGGUCCUGUCUCUUGAAUAAAUAUUUUUAGCACCAUUUUUCCUUUAAUUUGCUCAAUCGAAAGCCUGAUCAGUUACCCUACUCGUUUAAAAAAAAUCAAAGUGAAACUGUGACUAGUUUUUUAAUAUAUUAGAAUUCAAGUUUAGGAAGAACGUUCUUUUUUUAAAUGGUUACGCUUACAAAAUGUCUAUUUAUCUCCAGACUGCUGUGUAUUAAAUAAGGUUAAAUAAGGCGUUUUGGCUGCGUAUGGCAGAAUAGUGUUGAUAGAGGCGUUCAACCUACACACUAACAUUCUGAGUGGUCCGGUGUGGAAGAGAGUGAGGCAUGUUACAUAUUACAAUUUUCAGUUUCUGAAUUUCAGGUACCUCUUGUUGCAAUCGUGUUCAUUAAAUUAAUUCAUAAUGCUGUCGGUUUUCAUUAUUGCAUUUGAUUAACGAAAUAAAGCUGUUGGGAGUUUUUUCAUGCCAUCGUUUGAUUUUGAUGUACAAUUUUAUUUUUUUUUACAUUUGUGUGAAAAAUGAUAUUAUUUAAUUACCACUUUAAUAAUUUUAUGUUGAAACAUUAUUUAAUUUACUUGAUGGGUUCAAUGACGGAUAUUCUCAAGACUGGAUGAGAGACAUUUCAUCUCAGACUGGACGGGCAAAGAGACUAAAAUUCUACCGAAAAUUGUCACUGGGCUAGCAAACUGGCACAUCUCAUUUUUGUUACUUUUGAGAUAAAUGGAAAAAUCUGUUUAACACUUUGUCCCCACGGGACGCGGAUCAAGCGACGGAGUGAUAUAGCAACAAAAACGUUGCAGCAAUGAAAUCUCGUUUUUAGACAUG